CAUGUCUGGCCGCGGAAAAGGAGGCAAAGGUCUGGGGAAAGGAGGCGCUAAGAGGCACCGCAAAGUGCUGCGGGAUAACAUCCAAGGUAUUACCAAGCCUGCCAUCCGCCGCCUUGCUCGCCGCGGAGGAGUGAAGCGUAUUUCUGGGCUCAUUUACGAGGAAACCCGCGGCGUCCUCAAAGUCUUCCUGGAGAACGUGAUUCGCGACGCCGUCACCUACACCGAGCACGCCAAGAGGAAGACCGUCACUGCCAUGGAUGUCGUUUACGCCCUGAAGCGCCAGGGCAGAACUCUCUAUGGCUUCGGGGGCUGA